CGUAGUCUUUAAGAACAUCAGGCUAUCUUGUAUGCAGGAGUGACUACACAGACAACCACUACCAAUCGUCUUCUGAGAGAGAAUUUUCUUAUUUUCACGAGAAUUAAAAAAAGAACUGAACAGAUGCAUGCUGAGGUGCUCCAUUUUCAAGAUUUGUUUUUUUUCUCUCCAAAAUAUUUACUAAACAGGAAUAACUCUUUUGCUGCUGACAUGUUACACCUGACCAGAAGUGAAAUUCAAUUACUGCAGGCAACCUGACAAGAAAGGCAAAACAGUUGCUUGUCAUUUUCUGCAGCGCUUAGUGGGGAGCUACCCAUCCCCCAAGCCUUCUUUGUCACUUCCUGCAGCUCCUGUGUUAUUCAUUCUCAUCCAGUCGAGUGUUGCCAAGUGAUAGGGAAGGCAGAACCAUCCUGAUCUCAAUGACAGACAGCACUUAUUUAAAAGAAGGGGAUUCUGAUGCGAAGUUGCCAUUGAGCUGGCACAUCUCUUGGGAGGUUAUUGGGUAACAACCCAGUAAUUGCUAUUAAAAGGGCAACAAUGAUGUCAACGUUUCAGAAGGUGGCACUGAUCUCCUGUCUUGUCCUGUGUGUCUCCUUGAUCCUGCCUAAAUUGUUUCUGACCAAAGGGAAGAAAGAAUCAGGGCAGUCUGAAGGAAUUUCUGGAUGGUUUCCACCAUUUGUGCAACGCCAGAAAACUAAUUUAGAGAGCAAGUCAAAAUGGUCAUCUGGUUCCCAUUUCCCUACAUCUCACCAUGCUGAUGCAACUGCAAGAGUCAGGACAGGAGGUGGUGGUGGAGGAAGUGGCAGAUCCAGUUUUAUGGGACAAGUCAUUCCGAUAUAUGGUUUUGGAAUUUUUCUUUACAUCCUCUACAUUCUGUUUAAGCUUUCAACAAAAGGCAAAACAUGCAAACCAGACAAGCUGAAUGCAAGAAAUGACAAUACAAAGAAGAAAAUUAGUGAUUAUGAACUCAGUCAACUUGAAGCAAAGUUAAAGGACACUGAAGAAGCUUUGGAAAAGAUUGUUUGUAGAGAGGCAUCUGGUCCUGGAAAAGUUACAAGUGUUACCUCAGACCAGGAGGAGAAGUUACUCAGUCAGCUGAAAGAAAUAACCCGAGUUAUGAAAGAGGGGAACUUGAUUGAUGAUGUAUCACCUGAGAUAGAAGCAGAGGAAGCCUCUUACCUGGAGGACUGGGAAGGUUAUCCAGAAGAAACCUUUCCUCUCUACUGUGAUUUAAAUUGCCACAGACACAGGUGUGGCACUGUCUUUGUAGAUCACCCUUAUUUUAGUCACCUCUCUGCUGAGCAAAUUGCUGAAGAGCUUGAAGAGGAAUUAGAAGAAGCAGAAGAUGCAAUGGAGAACCAGGGCUAUUUCUGUGGUAGAACAUUAGAACAGGAUGUAGCAAGACACAAAGAAGUCCAUCCUGUGCCAGUAGGACCAACGGAUGGUUUGGAGACCCAGUUAAAUAAGAAGGGGAAUGAGUCUCUUCUCAGAGAUAAAGACCAGAAGUUUUGCAGCUAUGACAAUAGUGAGGAAGAGGAGGAGAACCCAGCUGUCAUAGCAGAGAAUAUUGGGUUCACUUGUGAAAGCAGUGAAGAUGAAGAGAAGCUCACGGAAGAAAAUAGCACUGAUAUAAAUGAUACUGAAGAUAAAAUGAAAUGUGAUAUAGCUCACAAAAGUUUAGACAAACUGUUAAGAAAACGCAAUGCAAUUGGACUAGAAUAAACUUGAAUUGCACAGGAGCUAUGCUGCUUCUGUUCAGCUGUACAACUUCCUUUACAAGAAUCUGUGGCCUCUUGCUAAAAUAACUGUAUAGGAGAUAACAGUAAAUUGAAAUCUCACUGCUUAAUCCAUUAGAUGCAGGUGUGCACCUUUCCAAGCAUACUGAUGACUUGUGUUAAUGAAAACAAUGUGAGCACUUAAAUGAGCCCCACAUGAACACUCACAGUUCUAAUAUAAUUCUGUCUGUAUUCAAAAUGCUGUUUACUAUGAGUAGUAAUCUGCAUGCAAACAGAGUAGUUAGUGUCAGAUAAAAAAAAAUCACAUAGACUGAAUUCAAAAUGUAAUAAAUAAAUUGAUACAUAUUCAUUUUUUUCUGUCCUUUCACCCAUGUCUGCUGACCAUGGAGAACUAUCCAAUCAUACCUGAGCCACACUUUCAUGAACUGUCCAGAAGGCUGUCAUUCAGACAACCAUGAGAUUGUUUGUACCCCUUUCUAGGUUUGUUCCUCUUUUGGACCUGACACUGUUGCCAGGUGUCAUCGGCCACUUAUCCAAGGGACUCUUGCUUAUCUCCCAGACCAGGACCAAUAGGUUGCUACUCUUCUUCCUCGGACCCAGAACAACAUAGCAUCAUUUACCAGAAAUAGCUCACAUCAUGUAGAUCAGAGACGAUGGCAAUUUUCUUAAGACACUCCUCCUCCCUCUGGUGACUGAAGUGGGAAUUCACAUUACAAUGAGAGCUUCCUAUGCCUUCCCUCCACUUGUGUGAGCUCUCACUCUUAUGCAGUUGAGGGCUACCAUCUAUGGCUUGGGAGCACUAAGCCUAUGUCCCUUGCUCUACUGGCUGUUCUUAUCAUGGAGGGCUCCUACAUGGAUGGGAGUAAAGUGACUGAUCAGGACCCCCCAUUCUCCCUCCAUCCCAGGACGGUAAAACAUACACAUGCCAUUGAAUUAACAUUUCCCCAUCCCAGCUCUUCCAACACCAAGGCUGUCAUCUGUGCCAUAGUCAUGGAUUCUUUUUCCCCCUGUAUUACACACAGUUGGGUUUAAAAUCACAUUCUGGCAUAUUUUGUGCACAUAUUUCAAAACUCUUAAUUCCACAUUAUUCAUUUCUGAUCAUUCAGUGUUAUUCCUUACUUUUGAUGUGGAAAUCAACAUCUAUUUUACCAGAAUAAUGUACAGUCCUACAAUUUUCUUUUGUUUUUCUUUAAUGAGCUGUGAUAUACCAAAAUAACUUAAGCUAGUAGUAUGUUGCUAAGUAAUGAAAUGUAACCUCCAGUAUUAAAGCUGUUAUUUGGACUUCAGAGUAAUUUUACUUCUCUGUCACUCUUCCUGUACAACCAAAUUCAUUGAGCUACUACUAGUUAUUACUUAGUGUGGUAUUCAACAGACACUGACAAAAUAUCCAUCAUUAUUAAUAGGAAGGCCUUGUACAGGCAUUGCAUUGAUAUUUUUGAAUAAAACACCAUGACCUAAAA